CCGGAAGAACAAUGGCUAUGGCGGGCAUGGUUGCUCUUCCGAGAGUGUUCUUGUCACACAGGCACACCGCAUUGCCGAUCGCUUGCUCGAGCUCCAACGGCAAUCCCAGCGCAGCCGCGGGGACGACGACGAUCGCGUCCAAGAGCUUGACGCUUCACGUUGGCGAGACGUCCAUCACAAUGCCGAUGUCGAUGGACAAGGCGCGAGCGCUGAGCGGGACGAUGGAAGGACUGAUCCAGACGUUCCGGGAGAAGCAGCAGGCGCACGAGGAAGGAGGGCGGCCCAAGAGGCUCAAGAGCGUCGAGUUUGCAUACCGCGCUGGCGAUGGUGGCGAUGGUGGCGAUGGCGGCGAGGAGGUGGGAUUCGAGCUGUUUUGCAAUCCCAAUGCCUACGCCAACGCGUUCCAGGCCAAGGUGCUGGUGAGCGUGAGCGAUGGCAAGCUGAGCUUGAGCGCCGAGGCGGAUCUAAGCACCAUCAAGGCCGACGUGGAUGGAUUCCUCGACAGUCUUGGCUAGAGUUUUGGGAGUCUAGGUGGGCUCUCUUACUGUUCACGAUAAAGGGAGAGAGAGAGACUCAAGCUCUCUCGUAACCCUUCGGUUUUCUUUCUUUCUUUCUUUCUCGAGAGAGAUCGUCGUCAUGGGAGUGGGAUUCUUCCUGUGGCUGGUUCUAGCGAUGGUGGCGGUGGCGGUGGCGGUGGCCAGGCCACUGGACUUUUUCGCAGCCCACAAUCCAAUUCGCAUGCCCUCGAGCGAGGACGUUGCGUCCGGGACGAGGUGGGCGCUGCUAGUUGCUGGAUCUUCCGGGUUUGGCAACUACAGGCACCAGGCGGAUGUUUGCCAUGCAUACCAGUUGCUGCGCAGCAAUGGUCUCAAGGAGGAAAACAUUGUGGUGAUGAUGUUCGACGACAUAGCCAACAACACGGACAAUCCUCGCCCGGGAACGAUCAUCAAUCAUCCCCAAGGAUCCGACGUUUAUGCCGGAGUUCCAAAGGAUUACACGGGCGCUGCCGUGACCGCCGAGAAUUUCCUGGCUGUUCUUCUCGGGGACAAGAAUUCCACCAGCGGCGGAACUGGCAAAGUCGUGAGCAGCGGGCCGGAAGAUCAUGUCUUUCUCUUCUACUCGGAUCACGGAGGCCCUGGAGUUCUCGGAAUGCCCGGAGAGUCGAAUCUCUACGCAAAUGAUCUCAUCGACGUCAUCAAGAAGAAGCACGCAUCCGGAGGCUACAGAGAAAUGGUGAUAUAUAUCGAGGCUUGCGAGAGUGGCAGCAUGGUCGAGGGAUUGCUUCCACUGGGACUGGAUCUCUACGUUACCACCGCUUCCAACGCGAUCGAGAGCAGCUGGGGAACUUACUGCCCUGGAAUGCUACCCUCGGCUCCUCCCGAGUAUGAUACUUGCUUGGGAGAUCUCUACAGCGUCGCUUGGAUGGAGGACAGCGAAGUUCACAAUCUCAAGAGGGAGACGCUACUUCAACAGUAUCUAGACGUGAAAGAUAGAACCUCGAAUCACAACACUUACGAGGCCGGAUCACACGUAAUGCAAUACGGCGACGUGGAGCUCAACUCUAACCCGCUUUCCAUGUUCUUGGGCUUUGAUCCCGCAAUCGCGGAUGGCAAUGGCGACUUGAUCAUCCCGAGCAGUGCCAAUGGUGUUAGCCAGCGUGAUGCGGAUUUGCUACACCUGUGGAGCAAGUAUCGCCGAGCCAAGGAUGGAAGUGCCAAACGAGAAGCUCGCGAGAGGAUGAUGAACGCCUUGGCUCACAGACAGCACGUCGACGAGAGCGUGGACCAAGUUGGCGAGCGUCUGUUUGGCUCCAAGGCUGCGGCAUCCAAAGUUCUAAGCACCGUCCGGGGCUCCGGCCUCGCGCUCGUGGACGAUUGGACGUGCCUGAAAUCGCUGGUGCAAGCUUUCGAGACGAGCUGUGGUUUGCUGGGACAGUAUGGCAUGAAACACAUGAGAGCGUUUGCAAAUCUUUGCAACGAAGGAGUGGACGUACCUCGCAUGGCUGCUGCUAGCGCGGAGGCAUGCUCGAGUACCGCCCAAGCCCUGUAGAUUGUGUAAAAAGCUUCUCAUCGUUGUGCAUAUGAAAGAUCCUGUAUAUAAGAAACUAUAUUCAAUCGAUCACGAUGGAGUGUUUGCCACGAGUUGCUCGGCAAACCAGUCCAGCUUCUGUC